GGAGGAGAACUGAGGAACAAUUAUUUCAGCAAAGAAGGCCUAAUUAAUUAUGGGGAGGUGGCCAAAGAUUGGACGGUGACUCUAACAUAUCUCAAACAGUACAUCCUUUUUCUGCCUGCUUUUAUGUGGUUGCUGUUUUGUAUUAUGCUUCUUAAGUUACUUGGGUUAUUUAUAUCUGAACCAAAUGUAAUGUUUUUUCCCCUCUUUCAGUAGCUGCUUCAUGCCAGCGUAAAAACUGGAUGUGAGUUGUGCUUUGGGAAGUGAUUGAUGUGUGCUUGUGCACCUUGUAGCACUAUGAGAAACGCAGGUGGAGCCGCUGAUGAUGUUUGCUAGAAGUAGAUUGAAAAAACAUGGCAAUGAAAUUGUGCUUCCACACCGCAAGUCCCUUGUAAAGCUGUGGGUCAGGAAACAAUUCCGGCAGCAAAGGCUUCAUUGGUUUCUGCGGGACAAAAUGAAGAGGCUUCUUCAAGGCCAAGGUGAUGAGAAUCCCAAUCACGCUCAUCACUGCCAGCUCUCCCCUGUGGAGAUCGAGACGGACGUGUUUGUUUGUGGGAUGAAGAGAAACUCCCCGAGCACUGAAUUUUCUACUGCUGGAGGGGACUUUAAACAGGAUGGAGAUGAUGGUUCCAAGAGAGCAAGUGAGGUUUGCGUUGGGGAAGUGGAGCUGAACUGGGGUGGCUACGUCAAAAUACCGUGCUCGGUUCAACAGACCCAGAAGGACUUGGAGGGGAAUUCUUCUGAUGGUGUGAAGCAGACCUCUUCCAAGAGAAAGGGGAGAGUGUCUGAGGAGCAGGACCUUUCUACCCUGAGCAUUGCCAUGAGCUGGAGGGAGAUAGCUGAAAGGGAAGGGUGCUUUCCCCAGGACAAGAGCCCUGCGUACUGCAGCAGGAGACGCAAGUCAAGAGAUCGCUCGGCUGAUGUGGUUGAUUACAUCGUAAAGGAGCUCCAGGGAAUAAGCCGCAUCCAGACGGAGAUUGCAGAGCUCCGGCAGCACCUCACUCUCAUCAAAGGCUCUGUGGAUGAAGUCUCUAGCUGCGUGGAUACAGUCUUGAGUGAGAUUGAAGGGCUUCAAGGUGGUUCCACCAAAACCUCAGGUACGCACGCUCGGGAGGCACUCAAGGAAGAACCAGUACUAUAUUUUUAUGGUAUCCCAGAGCAAGAUGGUGAAAACACAGUGGAGCUCAUCUGCAGCUUCUUGUCUGAAUAUCACUGCUUCAAUGGCAUCCAGUGUAAUAAGUAUAUAAAAGAUGCUUAUAGGUCAGAUGUUGGCACAGGUAAGCCGCUAACGCCAAGGCCAGCAGUUGUGAAACUUGUCAAUUCUGAACAGCGAGACUUUAUUUUGCAAAAGUCUCUCCUUCUGCAAAGCUCAGGGGUCCGGAUUGCUGCCAGUGAAGAACAAAAGCCACAGAAUGAGCAGAGGGGCCGCAAAGCGGGUUCAGCCCCUCUCCAAUCUGGCUCCAAGAAAAGUCAUCGCAGCUCGGCAGAUCCUGAUGUAGCUCAGAAAACAGAUGGAGUGGGGCACCUUCAAACAGACUCGUGCCAGGUUAAGAAUAAAAGCACAAACAAGAGAACUCAGUGUGUAGGAGAGAGAUCUAGUUUUGCACAGAAACCAACCUUGGCUAAGAAAAGUAGCUUGAUAUCUGACACCGCAAAGGAAUCACAAGUAAUAAGCAGUAGUGAUCCGCCUUCCUGUGACAGGGACUCUCACCAGGCGCCUCAUGAAUGUCCACAAAAUCUUCAGGUGACCAGUUUGGCCCCAUCAGGUAAUGGAGGUUUUGGCUGCUCAUCUGAGUCUUUGGGCAAUGCCGGCCAGAUAUGCGCUCCAAACAGUGGAAGCGAACACAGGCCUGACACUAAAAGUGUCCCUGAGAAUGACCCUUCCCUCCUAGACAAGGAUGAGAAGGUAACUGCAGAAGAAAUUGAAAUGGACUGUGGUAGCCCCUGCAAAUUCACUGCUCUGGAGAAAGCUGAUGUUCAGAGAGAAGAUGUUUCUAGUGGGGUGACAACCAUUAGCUGUGAUCAUACAACUGAUGAAAUGGCUGAUAGUAGUGACAGCUUGAAAGAUAUGAUCCAAAUGGACCUGAACGAUCAAGAUCCAACUGAUCAGGUCUUCAGGGAUGUCCUAGAAAACUCCCAAUAUUUUCUUGACCAUUCCCGGGAUAACAUUGAUCUUGUAGACAUGAAGUUUUACACUAACAAGCUUGGGAAAGCAAUUCAUCACUUCAGAUCUGCUCUGCAAGUGGUAUUUAACAAACUAGAGACAAGUGACUCAGAAGUCCUUUUGGAAAAUGAUAGCGGCUUACAGAUGGAUGAUGACAAUACGCUUAUGCUGAACAGUUCAGGUAUGUGUGACAGCUCCGACAACUUUGCAGAAACCCCUCCUAGUCAGUCGUCUGAGAGCCAGGCAAACACAACAGCAAACAGUGAAACAUCUGCUCAUGUGACAUUUGUUCCUUCCAGUCUUUCCCCUGCUCCGUAUGACCCUCCUGUUUCCAGCUUGCUGCCGACAUCGGACUGUGACAUUCCCGCCGGGCAGCGCUCGCCUCCUCGCGAGCUGGGAGUCGACGUGAGCUCCCUACCCGAGCCGGGGAAGGAGUGCAGGCCCAUGAGCCUUGACAAGGUCUGUGCGGAGACCAUCUACCUGAACAAGUGCAUCAACAACUUCAAAAACGUGCUGAAGGAAAAGAGGCAGAUGCGUAGGAGACUCUUAAAAGAAUUAGCGCAGGAAGGAAAUUGGAUUUCUGCUGAGGAGAUGAAUUCAGAAGGAGGUAGAGGAGAGCUCCAGGUUGAUCAAGAUGAGGCUGAUCCAUCAAAACCACCUUGGCUUAAAGGAGGGCCUGCGGGUGGUCUCUAUGGCAUUGAUAGCAUGCCUGAUCUACGCAAAAAAAAGCCAAUUCCACUUGUCAGUGAUCUGGCCAUGUCACUGGUCCAGUCCCGGAAAGCCGGAAUUACCUCAGCAAUGGCCACAAGAACAUCUCUCAAGGAUGAAGAGCUGAAAUCUCACGUCUAUAAGAAGACACUGCAAGCCUUAAUUUACCCCAUCUCCUGUACGACCCCGCACAACUUCGAAGUGUGGACGGCCACCACUCCCACGUACUGCUACGAGUGCGAGGGGCUGCUGUGGGGCAUCGCGCGGCAGGGCAUGCGCUGCGCCGAAUGCGGAGUCAAGUGCCACGAGAAGUGCCAAGACUUGCUCAACGCCGACUGCCUGCAGAGAGCAGCAGAGAAGAGCUCAAAGCAUGGGGCAGAAGACCGAACCCAGAAUUUCAUCAUGGCCAUGAAGGAUCGCAUGAAGAUCCGAGAGCGGAACAAGCCAGAGAUUUUUGAUUUGAUCAGAGAUGUGUUCUGUGAGAGCAAGCUGACACAUGCUCAGCAGAUGAAGACAGUGAAGCAGAGUGUGCUUGAUGGCACCUCAAAAUGGUCAGCAAAGAUCACGAUCACAGUGGUGUGUGCUCAGGGUCUGCAGGCCAAAGACAAGACUGGGUCCAGCGAUCCAUAUGUAACCGUUCAAGUGGGCAAAACAAAGAAGAGGACAAAAACAAUUUUUGGGAACCUGAAUCCUGUUUGGGAAGAGAAGUUUUAUUUCGAGUGCCAUAACUCCUCUGACCGAAUCAAGGUGCGCGUGUGGGAUGAAGAUGAUGACAUCAAGUCUCGUGUCAAGCAGAGGUUGAAACGUGAGUCGGACGAUUUCCUGGGGCAGACGAUCAUUGAAGUCCGUACGCUGAGCGGAGAGAUGGAUGUGUGGUACAACCUUGAGAAGAGAACGGAUAAGUCUGCAGUGUCUGGGGCGAUCCGCCUGCAAAUCAGCGUGGAGAUCAAAGGGGAGGAGAAGGUGGCUCCGUAUCACAUCCAGUACACUUGCCUUCAUGAGAACCUCUUCCACCAUCUCACAGAUGUGCAAGGGAAUGGGGUGGUGAAGAUCCCUGAUGCCAAAGGAGAUGAUGCCUGGAAGGUCUAUUUUGAUGAGACGGCUCAAGAGAUCGUGGAUGAAUUCGCAAUGCGUUACGGCAUCGAAUCAAUAUACCAGGCCAUGACGCACUUUGCGUGUCUCUCCUCCAAAUACAUGUGCCCGGGCGUGCCAGCUGUGAUGAGCACCUUGCUUGCCAACAUCAACGCUUACUACGCGCACACAACAGCCUCCACGAACGUGUCUGCUUCGGACCGCUUCGCAGCCUCCAAUUUUGGGAAAGAACGAUUCGUGAAACUUCUGGACCAGCUCCAUAAUUCACUUCGUAUUGAUCUUUCAAUGUACAGGAACAACUUCCCAGCAAGCAGCCGAGAACGACUGCAGGACCUGAAGUCUACAGUGGAUUUGCUGACCAGCAUCACCUUCUUCAGGAUGAAGGUUCAAGAGCUGCAGAGCCCACCCCGAGCCAGCCAAGUAGUGAAGGACUGUGUAAAAGCCUGCCUCAACUCCACCUAUGAGUACAUUUUCAACAACUGUCACGAGCUGUACAGUCGCGAGUACCAGACAGACCCUAACAAAAAUCAGGACCUGCCUCCUGAGGAACAGGGCCCCAGCAUCAGAAACCUGGACUUCUGGCCCAAACUCAUCACACUGAUAGUUUCUAUCAUAGAAGAAGACAAAAAUUCAUAUACCCCAGUCCUAAAUCAGUUUCCUCAGGAGCUUGCUGUUGGGAAGAUCAGCGCCGAGGUCAUGUGGACUCUUUUUGCCCAAGAUAUGAAAUACGCCAUGGAAGAGCAUGAGAAACACAGGCUGUGUAAAAGCGCAGACUAUAUGAAUUUACACUUCAAAGUGAAGUGGCUGUACAAUGAAUAUGUUCGUGAUCUACCUGCCUUCAAGGGAAAAGUGCCUGAAUAUCCAGCGUGGUUCGAGCAGUUUGUGAUGCAGUGGCUGGAUGAAAAUGAAGAUGUUUCCUUGGAAUUCUUGCAUGGUGCUCUGGAGAGAGAUAAAAAAGAUGGGUUCCAGCAAACAUCCGAGCAUGCUCUGUUCUCCUGCUCUGUCGUGGAUGUCUUCACCCAGCUCAAUCAGAGCUUUGAGAUCAUUAAGAAGCUGGAGUGCCCAGACCCUGUUAUUGUUGCUCAUUACAAUAGGAGAUUUGCUAAGACGAUUGGGAAGGUGCUGAUGCAGUAUGCUGACAUCCUCUCCAAGAGCUUCCAGUCUUACUGUUCCAAGGAGAAACUGCCCUGCAUCCUUAUGAAUAACAUCCAGCAACUGCGGGUACAGUUGGAGAAGAUGUUUGAAGCCAUGGGUGGUAAAGAGUUGGACACGGAAGCAAGUGACCACCUGAAAGAACUCCAGGUGAAGCUGAACAACGUUUUGGAUGAGCUGAGUGCAGUGUUUGGGAACAGCUUUCAGACUCGUAUUGAUGAGUGUGUCAAGCAAAUGUCGGAUAUCCUCUGUCAAGUGAAAGGAACGGGAAAUGUUCCUGCUAAUGCCAGAAACACCGUGGCACAAGAUGCAGAUAAUGUCCUGAGGCCAUUGAUGGAUUUUCUGGAUGGAAACCUGACGCUCUUUGCGACCGUGUGUGAAAAGACGGUGUUGAAGCGGGUGCUGAAGGAACUCUGGAGGGUGGUAAUGAACACCAUGGAGAAGCUGAUAGUGCUGCCUCCUCUGACGGACCAUACGGGUACACAGUUGAUUUUCAGUGCCGCUAAGGAACUGGGACACUUGUCGAAGUUGAAGGACCAUAUGGUGAGAGAAGAAACUAGAAGUCUCACUCCAAAGCAGUGUGCAGUUUUGGAUCUUGCACUGGAUACUAUCAAACAAUAUUUCCAUGCUGGUGGGAAUGGUCUGAAGAAAACCUUCUUGGAGAAAAGUCCGGACCUGCAGUCCCUGCGGUAUGCGCUCUCUCUCUACACGCAGACCACAGACACCCUCAUCAAAACCUUUGUCCAGACUCAGACAGCUCAGGUGCAUGACGGGAAAGGUAUUAGGUUUACCGCUAAUGAGGACGUUCUUCCUGAUAAGGGAUCUGGUGUGGAUGAUCCUGUGGGAGAAGUGUCCAUACAGAUCGACUUAUAUACACAUCCAGGAACUGGAGAACACAAGGUCACCGUGAAAGUUGUGGCGGCCAACGACCUCAAGUGGCAGACAUCCGGCAUGUUCCGUCCCUUCAUUGAGAUCACCAUGAUCGGCCCCCAUCAGAGUGACAAGAAGAGGAAGUUCACGACCAAGUCCAAGAGCAACAACUGGGCCCCCAAGUACAAUGAAACUUUUCACUUCAUACUGGGGAACGAGGAUGGCCCCGAUGCGUACGAGCUCCAAGUGUGCGUGAAGGACUACUGCUUUGCUCGGGAGGACCGGGUGCUGGGCAUAGCAGUGAUGCAGCUCAGAGACAUAGCGGACAAGGGGAGCUGUGCCUGCUGGUGCCCGCUCGGGCGCAGGAUCCACAUGGAUGAAACUGGACUCACGGUCCUGCGGAUUCUCUCUCAAAGAACCAACGAUGAAGUGGCCAGGGAGUUUGUGAAGUUGAAAUCGGAAUCUCGUUCCACGGAGGAAGGGACCUGAGCUGAGCUGUGUAACGUUCCCUCUCCUCUUCUGCCUUGUGCCAAUAUGUGCAAGUGUUCAGCAAUUCUCUCUUAUUAAUUACGAAAGGUUUUUUUCAUGUUGUCUUUGUCAGCUCCGAUAGCGCACGUGUGCUGUACAGGAAACAAGUCCAUCAAUCUGAUGUGAGUUAUUUAUUUUCUAGUAGCUGGAUAAGACACUAUAGAGAACGAGACAAUCUCUUUUUAUUUAAGAUGCAAAUUUUGCUUUGUGUACAUACAUUAUUUUAUACCGGCGGCUGGGUAUGCUGGGUUUUGUUGAUACGCAGCACUGUGAUUUUAUCCUCUGAAGUUGGCAGAUGUUGAAAAGGUUCCACAUAAUCACACUACAAUACAAAGCCACUACAUGGAAGCUGGGAGGAGAACAAUGAUUUGGGGUUUUGGCAAAGCAGUUGUUCCUCCCUGAAUUCAUAUACUGUGGAUCUGCCAAGGGAUGUUCUUGCACAGAUUAUUCCGGUGCCCCAAUGUGAUAACACAGACACUGCAGCGUCUCCUUAAAGUAGUUGUGUGUUGCUUUGAAGAUGCACACCAAAUGAAUGUAUGACCAUGGAUGUGCUGCUGUGAGCGUGGGCAAGACCAGUGGGACAAGUGCAGAGGGGCCUAAGAUCUUGUAGCCAAAGGCUGCAAAUGCCACGUGCCAGGAUCAGUUUGCAGCUGCCCUGCUAUUGUGAUUAGAUAGUGAGUGUUGGAGCAUAUAAAUCUCUGGAUGCUGCUGGGAUUCUUGCAUUAACAUGAGGGUGCCGCAAGCUGCCAAGCUCCACAAGUCCUACUUUGGCUACUGUGACAACAUAGUCGGGAAGGGAACAACUUUAGGGCAAUGACAAAUAAUAAGGCUGCUAUAAGUUUUUUUUUUUCCACUUCAAUAUUGUUCUGUUAGUUUUAUGUGGGUUUGCAUAAUUUAAUAUUUGCAGGCUUUCUGUAGCAUUUUCUUUCCCCGGGGUAGUGAGACCACUCCUCACUACGAGCCCAGAAUUGAUGGCUUGUUCAGGACAGCACAGCACAUCUCCCCUCUGUGAGUCCCCAGUCCUCGAGUACUGGCCAAGGCCCAGCAGGUCCCUUAUGUUCUGAUAUUAAAGUUGUUGUUGGCCAUGCUGUGAUUGUCAUUAUCCUGUUAUUAAUGAUACCACUGAAAAAUAUUUUUUGCACUAAUGUGAAGAAGCAUCCAGACUUUUUUUUUUUCUGCCAAAAUGAAGUGAUGCCCUGAGCAAAGUGAUUGUAGGGAUGCCAGAAUUUGACUGAAGCUUCCUAAGAAGAAAGGACUGGAGUAAUGAUUGUACUUGAUUUUUAUUUUUUUUCCCCCCUCUCAGUUUUCAGCUGCCCUUGUACUUUGGAAAGUACAGCUGGAAUGAGCCAACCCUUACCUGUGAAGUACUGUAAUACUGUCAAUAAAUGCAAGGACUGUGUAUUGAAUGACCUUUUUUUUUUGUAUUUUAUUUUCUAUUUGCUCUGACACUUGUACAGCUGUAUGAUAGGACUCCUGUAUUCCACGGGUCUGCUUGUAGAGUUCGGAGACUGCACAUCUGCUUUGUUCUUGUCCAUGGUGUAUUAUACUAAUGCUCUUCAGAACUCCACACUCUUUGUCAAGAUUUUGAAUCAUUGUAUGUGCCAUUGUUACAGGAACUGUUAGUACAGUCUUUAAUAAACUCUUUUAGCAGCA